AUGAUGAACGACGGCCGCGUCCACCCGACAUCGGCUACCAGCUCGGACUUCUCUGCAGCCCAGGCAACACCAGCAAGAGCAGCAUGUGCAGCAGCACAAGACAACACCGCCGCCGCAGAAGCCGCGCAGCCCGGCACGUACGUGGUUGAGGUGCCCAAGGACAAGGUCUUCCGCAUGCCGCCGCCGAAGAACGAGCACCUCUUCCAGCAAUACACGCGCCUCGCCAAGCGCCGCAGCAGUUGCUCCAGCCUCCGCGCCUGCCUCUACCUCCUCCUCGCCAUCCUAUGCCUCAACGUCUUCCUCGUCGGGCGCCCUUCACCUUCACCACGAACACCGUCACGUUGCCGGGCUCCUGGUUGA